AUAAUUUUCGUUAGCAUGUUUGGAUUAAGUGUAGUUGGUAGUACUGUAGAAACGCCAUUAAUGUCGAUUGCAGUGCCAUCUUUAGAUUGUGAAUAUACUUCCUUUUCCUUCGUGGUUAUAUACCGACUUUGUUUCAGCCUCAAAAUGGGGAAGAUUAUGAAAGCAGGCAAAGUUGUGCUGGUCCUCAGUGGCCGGUAUGCUGGAAAGAAAGCAAUUGUCGUAAGGAACUUCGAUGAUGGUACAUCAGAUAAGCAGUAUGGCCAUGCACUAGUGGCAGGAAUUGACCGAUAUCCAAGAAAAGUCCAUAAGAGGAUGGGGAAAGCAAAGAUACACAAGAGGUCAAAAAUUAAGCCGUUUGUGAAGGUCCUGAAUUACAAUCAUCUGAUGCCCACACGUUACACAGUUGAUUUGACCUUGGAGAAAACAACAAUUAAGGACCUGAAAGAUCCAAUGAAGAGGAAAAAGGCAAGGUUCCAAGCUAAGGUCAAAUUUGAGGAAAGAUACAAGUCUGGGAAAAACAAAUGGUUCUUCCAGAAGCUGAGAUUUUAAAAGAUGUUUUCAUAUUGUGGUGUAUUAUAAAAGACUUGUCAGUUUCGUUCAAUAAAACAUUCGAACAGUGGA